GAGAUCCAACGUGGCCGAUAACUCCGAGCCGGAAGCGGAAGUGACGUCAUACUCACUACCCCCCCCCCCUUUUUCUCGGGGCUCCGAGACCUUCUCGACGCUUGUCCGGGUGCUCUCCUCUCAGCUCGAGGAGGAUUCGAAAGAAUAGACUUUCCGCCAUUGGCAUCACAGAUCCGCCGCUGCAUCUUCCGAUCUCGGACGGGGCGAUUCUGUCUGCUGCAGCCGAGCUUUGGCCGAAAGGACUUCUAGAUCUUUACAGAACAGGAUAUUUUCUGUAUCCUUCCCUGCUCUGCUCAUGCCUACCACAGGAAUAGGACUUCCUAAUAAUUUGCUGAAAGAAUUAAAGAAUAAGCCAGACCUGAAAUAAACUUCCAGUACCUACAGUAAAUGAAAUAGAAGAGGACUCCAUAUAACCCUGUAUUAAGAGGAAUGGAGAUUGCCUCUGUCCACUUAGAUUCAUAAGCUGUCCCGAAGUGAUCUUGGCCUCAGGGAAGGGAGUGUUCAGGCACAUUUCACCAUCAGCAUCACGGGAUGGCAGCCAUUGAUUUGUCCCAUGGCCUUCUUUCUAGAGAGCCUAUCUAUAUCUAUGAAGAAAACACAGAGGUAGAAGAGACAGUGACUGACAACCAGGCAAAUUGUUACCAGGAUUCAGUGACCUUCGAUGAUGUGUCUGUGGAAUUCACCCAAGAUGAGUGGACGUUACUGGACCUGACUCAGAGAAACCUGUACAGAGAGGUGAUGCUGGAGAACUAUGAAAACCUGACCUCCAUAGGAUGUCAGUUCUUCAUUCCUAGUCCGACCCCCUGGUUAAAACAAGAAGAAGAGUUGGAGACGGUGGAAAUUACAGUUCCUGAACAAUUGGAAUUACAACCCGAUGAUUCAGAGCUUCCGGAUUACUUUAAGAUGCCAAGUUCCAGUGCGGUAGAAAUGGUACCUGAUUCAGCCCUUCCUCAACAGUCAGGAAACCACAGUGAAGGUGACUUGUGUGACUCUAAGCCAUGUGGAGAAGUGCUGGGUGAACAAUUAUGCCUUAACCCAGAGGUGAGCAUGCAGAGCCAAGGAUACAGUGCUGAGUGUAACUGGUAUGGGAAAGACAUUCUUUCUUUGCUCAAGGAAACCUCUACUGGACAGAACAUUUCUGAGCUUAAUCAGUGUGGAAAAAUCUUCAGUCUGACGCCAAACAUCAUAUACCCGAGCACUAGCACAAAUGAGAAACCCUUUGAAUGCACAGACUAUGACACAGUCUUUUUUAAUCAGCCAUACUUUCAGGCAGAUAUGAGGCCUCAGAAUGGAGGAGAACCAUUUGACUGGAAUAAAUAUGGGAAUGGUUUUAUUCAUCCCACAAGCUUUGCUAUGCAUCUUCCAAUUCUCAAUGCAAGAACCCCCUACAAAUUUGAGGAAUGUGGAAAGGAUUUUCAAUAUUUUGCAUGCCUUAAUAAUCCCAUGGGAAUGUGCACUGGAGAAAAAUUCUGUGACUGCAAGGAAUGUUGGAAAGCCUUCACGGUUUCCUCACACCUAACUCAAUAUGUCUCAAUUCAUACUGAAGAAAAAUCCAAAGUAUGUAAGAUAUGUGGGAAGUCCUUUGCUAAUUUUUCUCGACUUUCUGCACAUGUAAAAACUCAUAAUGAAGAAAAGCCCUUUGUAUGCAAGGAGUGUGGAAAGGCCUUUAAAAAUAUGUCAUACCUUAAUGAUCACGUUAGAAUUCACACUGGAAUAAAAUCAUACAAAUGUAUGGAAUGUGGGAAAGCCUUCCUUCGAUGGUCAGGCCUCACUGAACACAUAAGAGUUCACACUGGGGAAAAGCCUUACGAGUGUAAGGAAUGUGGAAAAACCUUUUCUAGAUCUACUCAGCUUACUGAACAUAUAAGAACACACACUGGAAUCAAACCUUAUGAAUGUAAGGAGUGUGGGAAAGCCUUUACUCAGUACUCAGGCCUUGCCACACAUGUACGAAUUCAUAGUGGAGAGAAGCCCUUUGAAUGUAAGGAGUGUGGGAAGGCCUUUACCAGGACCUCUGGCCUGAUUCAUCAUGUGAGAACUCACACAGGAGAGAAGCCUUUUGAAUGUGUUCAUUGUGGGAAAACCUUCAUAACUUCCUCCCAUCGCACAAAACAUCUGAAAAUUCACAGUGGCGAAAAGCCCUUUGUAUGUAAUGUAUGUGGGAAAGCAUUUAUAUAUUCCACAUCCCUUAACAUUCACAUGCGAACCCAUACUGGAGAGAAGCCCUAUAUAUGUAAGCAGUGUGGGAAAGCAUUUGCUGUUUACUCACGUCUAAGGAAACAUAGCAGAGUUCACACUGAAGAGAAGCCCUAUCAAUGUGAGGGUGUGAGUGUUACUAUUUAGCCCAUCUAUUGCCACCUUUAAAUAUUGACAGUGACACCAAAGAUCAUCAAGUUAGUCUUAGCUGCUUUGUGUGGGUUGUAAUGGCUCACAUUGGCCUUAGACACCAUCCUAAUUUUAUGAAAUAGGAUUAUUUAGGUGCCCCCUCAAACUUUUCUUCUUUUGGGCAGUUUUGAGGAUUGACCUAGAAUAUUACACAUGCUAGGCAAGCACUCAAUCACUGAGCUACAUCCCUGGAACCUUUUCAUGAAUAUCUGAAUCUGAGCAUUUGUGGGUCAUAAAUGAGGCCAGUAUACAAGAUGGCCUCAUUCUGAUGCUUGACUCUUAGUGAUUAUAACAUUUCUAAAUGCUAUGAAAUAAUGAAACAGAUUGGAUCCUUUUGUGGGUUAGUAUCUUUUCAAUGUGAAAAUUCACAAGCCAAGGUCAUAUAGGACAAGUGUGGAUUGUGGAAAGACACAAUCCAGGCAACUACUCUGACCCCACUGAUUCCAGUAAGCAUCCCAAGAAUUAGUCCUCAUCCGUUCUUAGUAGCCAAUCUAUUUACAGAUAUUAUUCCUGUGUUCCGUCAUAAAAUUCAGAAAGUACAUUCUAUCCUACCUUUUGGACCUGUUUCUGAUUGAAGUGGCAGUAACUUUGUUCUCAGUGUGGUUGAGAUUGAUAAUCUGAGGGCUUUAUGGAUGCUAGGUAAGUGCUCUGCUGCUAAGCCGCAUCCCUCGCUGGCUCUUAACAGAUUUCUCAGUUACUGUAAUGUGGGUUAGCUGAGAGUUUAACAACUCCCUCUUAGCUUCAGUGGUCUCUCCUUUUACAUUUUACUAAAAGUACUCAAGAGGAAUCAGGUUGUUCCUUUUGAAUUACAGCUGUCACAUAAAUUUCCAGUUUUAUCACAAUUUCUAGCUUCACACAAAUUACAAGAAUAACAGUUCUGCAUUACAUAUGUAAUGUCCGUUUUUUACCAUUACACAUUACUGAUUGGUUUUUCUUCAUGUUCCAGUAACAUGUUUCUCCUUCCUAAGGGAGUCCUCACCAGAAUAACCUGUACCUAUCCCUCAGUUUUUAAGCUACUUGUAUCUGUUUUAAGUGUGUUUUACUGCAAUGCCUCAGUAUCAUAAAACACCAUAGCCAGCACUGGCAAAAUGGCUCAGAAGGUAAAUGAGCUUUACCUGGUUUAAAUGAAAUCAGGAACUGAGUUCGAUCCCAGGACCCUGUCUUGUGAAAGGAGAGAGUGAGCUGCCGCUUUGUCCUCUGCUUGUACAUGCAUGCCACGGCUUUCACACACACCACACAGGACAGCAGAAACCGAGGUCUGCACAUUCACUCUAAAGGAGUGGUAUGGGGUCCGCAUGACGUAUAUCUGUAUUACUGUAUGUUCUCAUUAGCUCACCACCUUCUGGAUAAAAUUUUAGGGCUGUGGAUUUAGCUCAGUGGUAAAAAGUCCUUGCCUAGCAUAUGCAAAGCUAGUUUUUAUCUCCAGCCCUGGACAGAUAAUGUACAGCAAAUUAUUUCCUCAUACAAGAAGAGCAUGGGCGCUAGUGCAAUGGUUCAGAGGGAAAAGCUCUUGCCAUGCAAACGUGAGGACCAGAAUUUGGAUCCUGUAACUCCAAUGCUUGGGAAACAAGAUGGGAAUGGACUCAUCAGGUGAUUUAGGUAACUAGGUUACUUGAAUCCAUGAGCUUCAGUGCAGCAAGAGACCCUGCUUCAAUAAAUAAAAUGGGAAGUGAUUGGGGACACCUGAUAGUAUCUUUUGGCUUUCACAUGCCACAUGCACAUGUGUAAACACACCAGCAUGCACAUACACACACAUUAAAAAAAAUAACAGCAUGCUUGACUCUGGUGCAGACUCGUCCUGGCAUGCGAUCACUUUUACAUGACAAAGCCUGAGAUGAGGCUUUUUUCCUCUUCUGAUAAGAUUGCAGCCUUGUUGGGUGAGGUUUCCACUUACUACCCUCGACUAUCAAAUGAAAUUCUAAAGACCCUACCUGGACAAUCAUGUGCGGUGUAUAUUUAACCAGAAUUUGAGAGGGUCAACAGUACAUAUAGAUUCUUUUGAUUUACCAGAUAGGUAGUCAUAUCUGUAGAUAAUAAUGGUAUUUUUUUCUAUUUUAGUUGUUUUUUUUUUUUACAGAAAUGAGUAUGAUGUCCAGGACACUAGUGAAAGUAGUAAAAGCAUAUUUUUCUGUAGAAUUAUAAUGAUAUAUGCUCUCCAUUAUACUGAUUUGCUUAUUAGAUAGAAGGGUGUUUUUAAUAUCUGAAUUUUGCAUAAUGAUUUUAUAGUAUUUCUUUAUUUGUGAAGUAAAAUUCCUCUUGGAUUCAUGAAUUGCUUUUCCCAUGUCCUCUGAUGACCAUACUCAUUUGCUGGUAAGAGUAAAGUACCUAGGAUUUCCUUGGUUCAUAAUGCCUAAUAAAUACUGGAAUGAGUAAAAAGGACUCUAAAAUAAAGGCAGUCAUUUAUUAAUAGUGAUGAUAUAUUAGUUGUUUUAUAUUAACCUUAAAUUCCUAGAUAUAUCCAACUUGGACAUAAGGAUCAUUUUUGUUUUGUGUGAUUGCUGGGGACUCAAACAAACCCAGGACUAGCAAGCACUCUGCCACUGAGCUACAAUUUAAGCCAUUUACUCACAUAAAGAUUAUCAUAGCUGUCCUUGAGUAACAUUGCAUAGAAGUCCUCCUUGUGCAAGAAGAAAUGGAAUAUGGAACAGUAGAGUGCCUGUUUAGCAGUGUUCAAGUCCUCAGCACCACCAAAACAAACUUUACAAUUAACUGCCUGGUUUUAGCUGUAGAUUAGAACAGUGUCACAUACGACAGUGAAGUGUAUUCCUCACUUUUCUAAAUCCCCAAUUUGUUGAGUGCUCCUGAGCUAGAAUAAUUGAUACUUUUGGGUACCUGUAUUCUGUCUUCUUAAAUUGUUCGGAAUCUUUUAUGUUUAUAGGACACCUAAUAUUUACAAUAUUAUUUAAAAUUUUUUUGAGUAUAUUUUUCUUAGGUAUGCUUUCAUUUUGACAUAUGAAACAAAAAUUUAUUUUUUCUUGUAUUCCUAAUAUUUCCUGGUUGUAUAACUAAUUUUACUUUGAGUCUAUCUUCAUUCUGCAGUGAUUUCUUGUAUUUACAUUGAGUUAACCUUGAAAGUAUCCAGUAUUCUUUUGGACUGUAUCUGUCUCAAGCAGAGUGUGUUGACACACACUGUAAUCUUAAGGAUUGGAAGCCAAGGCAGGAGGAUCACAGAUUUAAGGGUAGCUUGAGCCUAGGCUACUUUGUGAAACACUGUUUUAAAAAUACAAAAGCCUGAUUAAAAUAGAAAAAACAAAACCAAAUGCAACCAGAGGUGGAGUUGGGGGCCUGAUAAAUAAUUUGGGAGGGCAAAAUUGUCUUGAAAUAUUUAAACUUUCUGAUUUAGGUUUAUUCCAUUGACUCUGGUAGGUAUUUACAUGGCUAUAUAUAAGCUUUCUUUUUGUAUCCUUAGUUACAAAAAUUUGGGGGGGGGUGCUAAGAUUCAAACUUAGGGCUUUGCACAUGCUAACCACUGACUUAUAUCCCAGUUGUAGAUGUCUUUUAUACAUACUUUAGUUGAAGUUUAAAACUCUGAAUACUUGAAAAAUCCAGAUUAACAAUUCUUUUUAGACCAUUAUGUAUAAUGCAAUUAGUAACAAAUUGGAAUUUAAGCAACUUGUUUUUCUUCUGUAUUUGUUGCAUGUACCUUCUCUUUGUAAUGAUGUUUUCAUUGAAAUUUUACCCAGUGCUUGAAAUUUAUGUACUCCAUUUGCUUUUAGUUGCUAUUCUAAAACAUUAAAUUCAGUUUUAAAAUAAAAUCUGUUAAUAUUGUUUCUUUCUAACUGAGUUUGCAUACAGCCAACUUUAUCUUCCUGAGCAUCACAGCUGCAGAGACCUACACUGCCAUAGAAGAAAGUCAAAGUAACAGAAUUGAUGUUAUAGAGGAUUUAUUAGUAAUAGAUUUGCAAAAGGUGAAUUUAGCUAAGGAAGUACUGCUGCCCCCCCUCCCUGAAAUACCCCAAGUAUGUUACUCAAGCCUGCUAGAUAAAUGCAAAUUCGCAAUGCUUGUAUGUAAAUGUUUGUUCACCAGGACUGUCUGAGUCAGCCCUUAGUCCAUCUCCAAAAAUCAUACCUUUAACAGGCAGGUGCAGGGGGCAGCACAGGGUCACAACAGAUAACAGCUAUAAGUUCUGUUCUUGAGAAAAGCAUAAUUCUGCCAGAAGGAAAAGUACAAUACUGGCAUGCUUCAAUAAUUUUGGCAAUAUUUUUGCUGUGUGAGUCUUCCCACCUGCUUAGGUGGCCAGACUUGCAGUCUCCGGUCUCUGUUUAAAUGUUUGAAAUGAAACCUGGGGCUGGGACCUAAAAGAUUUAAGGAUGACAGUGUAUAAAAUACCCUAAGGUGUACAUAAAUUAGUGAAAUUGUCUACUUGAUGCCAGCUCUUGCUUGGGCGAUAGCCCCAUUUGGCAGUGUGAUUUAGUAAAGAGCUUUUACUUCAGUUUUAAGUAUGCAGUGGUUUCUUGUGGGGAAAUCAUAUUGGCAUAUUGUUUCUGUGGCAACACAAGCCCCUGACUGAACAAAUCCAUGGUGGGGACUGGGGGGGGGCACACAAAAUGGGUCUCUUGACAAAAGGCCCAUUACAUCCUGUGAGAGAUCACAACCAUAAAUCUUUUGAAGUUCAUCAGAAGGUGGAAUAAUCUUUCUUUUUAUGACUCACUUAAACCAAUAGAAGUCAAUAAAAUUCAGUUCUAAAGGUCCCUCAGUAGACUUCUAACUUUGCAGUUCUCAGCUACUGAACUGUGGGGUUGAGAAAUAAACUGGCUCUUCAUGUCUCAAGGGAGCAUCAGUAUUCCACAGUGUAGAAUCCUCUGGAUGACGGUAUUCACUGAGAUGACAAGGUUUGAGUUCAUCUUAGGCACCCAGGGCAUUUAUCAGAACCGGGAAUUAAGAAAACAGUUGCUGGGAAAGAUUCAGAUAGGGUUAGGAGAGUGCUAAAACCCCAGUAGGUUUCCCACUCAAAAACCUCUAGCAUCUCAAAUUCCUCCCAGGGGUUCCCGAACCUGGUGGAAUGGGGUGACGUAGGGUCGAUCUGUAGGUUGCAACCUACCAAAAGCAAUUUCAACACAUUGAGAGGUGCAGAUAAUGGCAGAAGCGACACUGUCUUCUGUUCCUACUCAAAUGAGCUCUGGAAAGCAAAGGUUUUAACGCGAGGGAGGCAGGCAGAAAGUUUCUGAUGAGCUUUCUUUGGGCGGGGUCUGCACAGGAAAGCCUGUGGUGGAAGCGCUUACAUUACAGGGCCAGGGUGCCACAGAUGACUUCCGCUCCGGUCCACAGCCUAGGUUCUAAUUCUAUAUUGUCCACGAGGCCACCACUGGCCUCCAGUUCCCGCUGUGAAGCCACUACAGCACCUCCGCCCUAACUGCAAAGAAACCAGAAAUCGUACAACAAAGUAGGAUCCGAGCUCAGCCUUUGCAGCAAACGAUGCGCGAACGGAAGUGACGUAAUUCCGCACCCUCUCUUCCGGUGGCUCUCUGCCCUGAGUUGUUCCCUGGAGAGCUGUGGCCUUUGUGAGUUCCGCAGGACAGGGACUCCCUGCAGGUUGAUGGGGAGAUUAGGCCAGGGUGCUGAGCUCUGCUCUACCCGCCUCGGCGCCUCCGGACGUGGCCAAGUCUGAGGCCUCUCGGGCUGUCGGUUCCCCGGGGUGGGAAAGACCGCAAAGGGCGCGUCCUGGCUGUGUCCGCAGCUCCCGCUUUUCAAAAGCCGCCAGAGCAACUUUUAUGGAAAAAAAAAAAAAGCUGGUUGUUUUGUUUUUGUUUGUUUUCUCAGAAGGGAACGAAUUUUCGCUGGAGUAGUUGGAGUGACCAGCGUCAUAAACGUUGUGAUUUCAGCGCCUUUGGUGAGCACUUAGUGAAAGACGCCUUUUGGAAAAGGCCGUAUUCCUUUAAAGAAAAAAAAUUAGAAACGAAUUUCUCGGGCCAGCCUUAUCCUCCUUCCUCCUGCCUCAGGCUCCUGAGUAUUGUAAGUACAGGUAUGUCCACCUUGAGUUAAUGAUUUCAAAGUGAGUCCCAUUCAAGAGCUUAUAAUAACAAUGUAAUUUAGUAGAUUAUGUGACUACAUCAGUCUUUACAUUUUCAUUUACGGUUGUUGAGAUAGAUUCCUGCUGUGUAGCCCUAGAUGGCCCUGAGCUCACUAUGUAAUCCAUGUUUUCUCUUGUUCCUGCCUCAUGACUACUGAGAUUUAUAUAAUCCUAUGUCUGUGUUUUAAUGUGAACAAUAUAAAGUGAAUAUAUGAUAAAUUUUAUCAUGUGUAAGUAAAGUAAUAAAACAGUUUCUAUAUUGUGAUCUAAUUUAAAAUUCAAAAUUUAUACAAUUUAUUUCCAUAGGUCAGAUAGAUACAUAGAUAGUACCUUGCAGUGGAUUACUACAGCCUCAGUUAUGGUUCUAUAAUCAAAGCCCCCAUAUACAAUAUUGAAUAUUGCUCUAAUUUUAUCCAAUCAACAACUUGUAAACAUAUUUUACUUAUAUAUUGGCUAAUGUUUUCCUUUUCGUGACUAUUUCUUUUUAUUUAAUUUAUUUUUGUUUGUGACAUGGGUGUGUGGAUGGAGGUCAGAGGAGAGCUGUGUAAGGUUGGUUCUCUCCCUGUCCUUCCCCUUGAUGUGGGUUCUAGGGAUGGCGUGGCAAGCCCUGUACUCACUGAACCAUCCCACCAGCCCCUCUGUCUAUUUCAAGAGCUUGUUAGCGCUAGUGUGCCUCACUCUUCCAGUGUGAACACAGUAUACCUUCACGGACGCCUUUGAGGCGCCGCAGCAACUUUGUCGUCACACAUAGGUAGUCCAUUCAGACAACAUCUUAACUGCAUACACUUUCCUAGGUUGGGUAUGACAUUGGUAGUACCUUUCAGGAUUUCAUUUGGCACGCUUGGCUUUUGCAUUUAUUUUAUUUGUGUGUGUGUGUGUGUGUGUGUGUGUAUGUUUGUGUAGGGGUGCUUGUGUGUGUGUGUGUGUGUGUGUGUGUGUGUGUGUAGGGGUGCUUGUGCUCAUAUAGAAGUGCCACAGCAUUUUUGGAAAUUGACUGUUAAAAGUCUCUGGGUUACAGGGUUAGAACUCAGCUUUUCACUGAACCAUUUCACUGGCCCUGGCACACUGUUAGUUACACACACACACUGGCCCUGGCACACUGUUAGUUACACACACAUAAAGUGCAACAUCUUUUACUCACUCCUCCUUUCCUCUUAUUUUUAAUUACAGUUAUUGGAGGGGUGUUGAGAUCAGGGGGCAGCUUGUGAGAGUUGGUUCUCUCCUUCACCCUGUGGGCCUGUGAGGAUUGACAGUGGGCACCUUUUUCUACUGAUCCACCUUGCUGGCCAUGCUGUGUUAGUUCUGGUGGGAAUACAUCCUUUAUUUUAAAAUUUUAUUGAUAAAUUGAAACUAACAGCUAAUCCUGUUAGUGCCCUCGAUACUUCUUCACUGUAGAGGUUUUAUCAGUAUUUCUCCUGCCUUGUGGAUUAUCUGUCCCAAAUAACCUUUUGUUGCCUUACUCUUCUGAUAGAAGAAACUGACUUUCUCAGCUUUGGGUCAUACAUUAAGACAACAAAUGACAUACCUGCCAGGCUGUCUAAGAACAGGUUAUCACAAAUGCUGAGUCUUUGAUUUCCAUACCCAGCUGUCCAGGUUGUGGAUAUUAAGGCUCCAGCUGGUGUUGAAUCAAAUCUGGGCUCUCUUGUAAAUUAUAGCUGUGGAAACAAUGGCUCCCAGUACUCAGGUGGAGGUCUCUCAGACUCCAAGGCUUUCCAAGGAGCAGCUGGGGUUUGAUGUGUGCAUAGCAACGAGGGUUUGUGUGCUGUAAGGAGAAUACUGCUGCAUUAUGAUGUCGUGCAGCUCAGUAUGAUCCUGCUGCUUAAUAAGGCUCAGUGCAGGAGCUAGCACCCCUGCUCAAACUGUCGAGUGCAUUGUUGGCCUUCGCAUUAAAUGCUGUGUCAGCCAGCUAUCCUGUUCUUACGUGUAAACUGUGGAGCAAUUGUUAAGCAUAUUCCCCUUUGUUAGCUAUACUAUCAUACUCAGUUUUGUUUUGAGACACAACUCGGGCUGGCCUUGAACUCCCUGUGUCGCUGAGGAUGACUCGUGGACUUUUUGUUUCUACCUCCUAAGUGCUGGGAGUCCACAUCUGUGUCUAUGCUUUACUCACAUUACUACAUCCUGUGAGUACAUUUCCCGCUUUAUAAUAGCAUCUUUGGUCUCAACUGGGGCCCCCAGUAAGCAGCACAUAUAUUUCUCUUUGCUCAUUUUCCCAUGUUUUCCAUAAUGUAACCAAAACCCAGUGUAUAUAGUAGUCUCGUGAGUUCUUUUCUCAAUGGGUGCCUCCCUCCAUCAUCUGUGGGUUACUGAGGAAAAUGAACAAUAUAAUGGUUCCUUAUCUAUAGGAGAGACUUUCUUUUUUAAUAAAUGUGUUUUAAAAUCAUUUAA